UUUUUUUAAGGCAAAUUGUCUCAACAACAACAAAAACAUUUCUAAUGCCCAUUAAUACUAAUAAAAAUGAAAAACAACAACAAAAAAAUUUAUUUUUUUAUUGGCUACCUAAUAUCACAAAAAUGGGACAAAAUGUCUUCGUUCAUUCCAUCAGAUAUUUAAUUGUUAUAUCCUCGCUAAUUUCUUUUACUUUGGUUAGUGCAAACACAACAUCUUUCAGUUUAACUGUAAUUUGUAUGGUUGAGGGAAGUAAUGGCAAUAUUACACAAGAAGAGCUUCAAGGAAAGAAUACAGCGUACUUCAAACGACUCGCAUACUCAACUACCGAAAGAAAUUCGUUAUUCUCGGCAGCAGCUUUGGGAUCAAUUAUUAGUGGAUUGGCUAUUACUAGUUUGAUUGGGCGCUUUGGACUUAGAAAUGUACUUUCGGCUUAUGGAUUUCUUUCUGGAUUAACAGCAUUAGCACUUCCAUUAGCGGCCGCGAUUGGUUUUAUUCCCAUGUUUAUUAUUCGAAUGCUCCAAGGUAGUGCUGGGCCAGCUCAGUACGUAAUGAUUGGAACUGUUGCUAGAGAUUGGGCUCCGAGGAAGUCGAUUGGGAGUUAUUUGAUGUUACUCUCUUCACAUUUUCAAUUUGGAAGAGUAGUAGGUUUGCCUUUGUCGUCAAUCUUUUGUUCUCCAACAUUGGGUUGGCCAUUACUUUAUAUUUUGCUGGGUUCAUUGACCAUCAUUUCUUUCAUGUUCUUCUUUACUAUAUUUAGAGAACGACCGGAAAUUCAUCCUUUAAUUACCAGAGUAGAACUACAAAAACUUGGAAUAAAACCUUUAUCAGAAAAAUUAGUAACAAUAACAACGGACACAACAGAAGAAGAAACAAGCAAAAAUUUGUCUAUUCCUUACAAGUCAAUUAUUGGGGAUUGUGUUGUUUGGCUAGUGCUUUUAACUUAUUGGUCAGAUGAAAUUGGGUUUGAAAUGCUUGGACAAUUUGGGCCGACUUAUUUAAAUCGGGUUCUAGGCAUUGAUAUUCGCACAACGGGAAUUAUUAGUGCUACAACUUAUCUUCUCUCUGUGGGUGUUAAAGUAUUGGCUGGUUGGAUAUAUACCCAUUUACCGUUGAGAGGUGAACGUGCUCGUAUUAAUAUAUUUACGGCGCUUACUCAGGUGAGUAAAAAUCAGAAUAAAAAUCAGAACAGAAAAUCAGAACAAAAUAUCAGAACAAAAAAUCAGAACAGAAAAUCAGAAUAA